AUGGAGGCGUGUCUCAGUUAUUUGUCUCUACCAAAGUGCCCAGCAGGAGAGUCUGAAAUGCUAUCCGAUGAGUUCGCCAAUAUAGCGCACCAGAGACAAUUAUAUUGUGCAAGCUUGGUGCCCCCCCCUCAACCUCGAGCUUUCCUGACUCCUUGUUUUGUUCAAAAGAACAAUUCAUUGCAUUCAAAACGCAAAUUGCAGACACUUCAUUCACCAGGAGUUGAGCAAACUGGCCUCACAAAUCGCAUGGAAUUAGGAAUUACACAAAAUGGCUCAGUUGAAUUACCUUUGGUCCUAGCCACUCCCUUGGCUGGUGUGCCCCAGGCGUUAUAUGAAGAAAAUGGAGUAUUUGCCACAAUGCCAGUGUCUCAGCGGCCCACUUUUUCUCAUCCACAGACUACUUUGAGUAUCAAUCCCUGCACAAUAUCCCCCUCGAAUUCACUAAAAGCUAACUUUGACGUGAGAAAUUUCAACGAGUACAUUGCUGCAAGCCUGGCACAAUUAUGGCCAUCUAGUUCUAAUUGUGCAAGUUCGCUCUCUGAAACCAUGUUACAAGACAGUACCAAAAUUGGUGGACCUGGUAAAGCGCCUCUUUCUAAGCCUACAAAAUCAGACCAAAUAGUAUCAUUCGCCGGCUCUAAUAGAAGCAAGGAGGAAGAGCUAGAGAAAAUUGGUCCGACAGUAUGGCCAGGAUAUGUAAAAAAUCCCCUUGGCUCAUCCCAGCUAAUCGAGCCAGAUUCUUUAGCAAUUAGUCAAUUAUUUACUCAACCUGACGAGAAUUCGGUUGAAGAAACCAUCGACAAUUCGCAGUUUGAACAGGAGGGGAAAAUUUCAUCUGAUUUUUUCUUUACAAAAAGGCGCCGAUAUGCACCGCAUUCUUAUGAAGCGAAACUCGAGGUUCAGCAGGGAUUCGCGCGAGAUACUCGAGCCUUGGACAAGGAAGGCAAAGAUUUCACUACCAGUGACAGUGAAGCUAAAUCCUUCCUCAUUCGGGAUUUACUCUCAUCUUCAUGCCAGGCCAACAGAAAAAAGUUGGGUAAGUUUGUAAAUUUGUUUCCCUUAUUCGGAUACCGUUCAACGAGGAAUUAA